AUGAUUGACAAUCAAUCUUUUAUGAUAAAAGAGAGCAUGAACAUUGUUUUUGAUAAAAAGACAUCAGAAUAAGACUCUAAAUUUGAAUAAAUUUAAAUGGUUAAUCCAACCAUGUGUUCAUCACGUUAACAUGCUCAUAUUAAAGUCAUGAAUGGAAGGAUAUUCUUGGUUGAUGGAUUUUAAGAAAAAAAAUCAAAAAAUGGAGUUUGGAUUUUAGUUAAACAUCAAAGGUUCUCUAGUGAGAGUCAAUAUUGUUUUAAAGAUUUUAGAUUGGCUAUUUCUUUGAAUUGA